AUGGCAACAUUGGUGUGUGUAAAGAAGUCAAUAUUGAACCAGUUAGGGUAUAGGGACUUGCAGCAUUGGAUGUCCAAUUCAAAUAAUGUUUAUAUAGGUAGAGGUAUGACAUCUUAUGUUGAAGGCAGUAAAUGGCAGAAUCCUUUCCAGUAUAAUGGCAAGACAUUGUCUGAAUCAUUGAGUGAACUUAGAGGUAAAAAUCUAGGUUGUUGGUGCCACCCAGCCCCCUGUCAUGGCGACGUUCUGAUAGAAUUGCUUAAAAAAUGGUAUCAAGAAUCAGUUAUACUGGACAUAAGAAGGUUUAACAGAGGACAAGCUACUUCAAUUGGACUGUAUUUGAACUUGAACCAAUGGAACUAUCUGGAGAGACUUCAGAAUGCUAUAGACAAGUCCAUAGAUAAUGCAUUAAAUGUGACACUUCAUAAAAAUAUUGAAUAA